UAGCACGUAUGGACCAAGGUUUAUUAUUCCUGGUGUAGAGUAAUUAGCACCCUGCAGAACGACACAUUAUCAUCAUCAUUAUCAUUCAGUUUCAUCCAUAAUACUUCUUCACUAACCGUUCUCGCUGACCUCGCGUUUUGUUGCUGUCCGUCCAUGGUGAAAGAGAGUUGACAAAACAACCAUGUCUGGAAUCAAGAGGAAAAUUGAAGACAAUGACCCAGACUAUGAGGAUAUAUCACAAGUUCAUGAGAAUAAGAGAAACAAAAUUGUGGAACAGAAUGCACGGGAUGCAACAGUGCAGAAAAUUGAAGUCAUCAUCAGAGAACAGUUUUCCAUGGAGAUGAAGAAUAAAGAACAUGAAAUUGAAGUGAUUGGCCAACGUCUCAAUGAAGCUCGGCGGAUGAUGGACAAACUGAGAGCCUGCAUUGUGGCCAACUAUUACGCCAAUGCUGGGCAGCCCAAGGUCCAAGAGGCGUCAAAGAGCGACGCCUUGGUGCUCAACCACCCGGCCAUCAAGCGCUUCCUGGAGUCGCCCUCUCGCUCGUCCUCGCCCCUCAACCAGGGCUCGGAGGCGGCCUCGCUGGGGCCUUCGGAGAGCGAGUCGCUGGGCCAGCACGUGGACGGUGGACACGGGGAGCGCGAGCGGGACGGAGUGUGGCGGGAGACCGGGAGCCGCGGGGAGCGGCGGCCGGGACGUAACACGGGGAAGGACACGUUUGGAGUGCCAUCAUCCGCCGUCGCGGAUCAGCAGGUCACCUAUCACAGCACCGGAGAGGAGGCCUCGAGACUAUACGUCAAGAAGACCAUUGUUGUGGGGAAUGUGUCCAAGUACAUAGCCCCUGACAAGAGAGAGGAGAAUGACCAGUCCACCCAUAAGUGGAUGGUCUAUGUCAGGGGCUCGAAGAAGGAGCCCAGCAUUGACCACUUUGUGCGCAAAGUCUGGUUCUUCUUGCACCCCAGCUACAAGCCUAAUGACCUGGUAGAAGUCAGUGAGCCCCCGUUCCACCUGACUCGACGAGGUUGGGGGGAGUUUCCUGUCCGUUGUCAGAUCCACUUCAAGGACCCACGCAACAAACGCAUCGACAUCAUCCACAACUUAAAGCUUGACAGAACGUAUACGGGACUGCAGACACUUGGAGCUGAGACGGUGGUGGAUGUGGAGCUCCAUCGGAACUCCCUUGCCGAUGACUUCCUGCCCACGCCCCUCUCCUCGUCGUCCUCGUCCUCUCAGAGGUCGUGUGCCAUGGGCUCCAGCAGCGCCCAUCUCCCCUCCGCCGCCUCCCCCGGACAACUCUCCCAGGACGCCUUCCCAGGCACAGAGAAAGGCGUGGCCGUCAAAAUCGAGUCAGGUCGCUCGGCCUGCUCCGAGCGGACGCCGUCCCGGCCCAAGCUCACGGAGAAGAUCACGCUGGGUUCCCACGGGAACUCCGCCUUCCAGCCAAUCACGGCCAGCUGCAAGAUCAUCCCGCAGGGCCAGGCGCCGAGCCCCUCCGAGUCUCCCGGGAAGUCCUUCCAGCCAAUCACCAUGAGCUGCAAGAUCGUCUCCGGCUCUCCAAUCUCCACGCCCAGCCACUCCCCGCUGCCCCGCACGCCCACCUCCACGCCCGUGCACAUGAAGCAGGCCUCGGCGGCGGCGGGCAGCAGCCCCUACAUCAUCGUGGACAAGCCGGGCCAGGUCAUCAGCAUCGCCGGCUCCUCUUCCUCGACCACAGGAAGCCCCACGGCCAAGCAGUCCGCAGCGGCCCACGGCACCAGAUCGCCCGCCCCCAAAGUCCACACCGGAGGCUUCCUGUCCUCGGGAGUUAAGGUCAUCAUAAAACAGGAGCCGGGGGAGGUUCCCACCCAGCCGCAGCCGCCGCCACAGCAAGCCAUGGUUUCCACGGCAACGGGCCAGCAGCAGCAGCAGCAGCAGGCGGCAGCGGCGGCACAGCAGUUUGUCGCAGUGAAGGGCGGUCAUGUGAUCACCAUGUCCUCCUCCCAGAAGCAGGGCGCCGGGGGGGUCGGGGCCGGAGCCACGCCCAGCAAGGUGCUCGGCAUCCCGGUGGGCUCGACCCUGCAGUCGGCCGUCAAGCAGGUGGCCAUCAGCAGCGGUCAGAUCCUGGUGGCCAAGUCCGGUGCGGCGGCCUCCAAGGUGCUGACCCAGAAGCAGGUGGUGGCGCAGGGCGUGGCCAAGGCCGUGGUGAGCGGCGGCGGUGCGGCCGGAGGGGCCAGCGGCGCGGUGGGACAGCAGGUGCACGCCGUCACCAAGGGAGGCUCGUCAGGCAGCGGCAAGAGUGGAGUCAUGGCCACCCUGCAGCUGCCGGCCAACAACCUGGCCAACCUGGCCAACCUGCCGCCGGGCACCAAGCUCUACCUGACCACCAACAGCAAGAACCCGUCGGGCAAGGGCAAGCUGCUGCUCAUCCCACAGGGGGCCAUCCUGCGCGCCUCCAACUCAGGUCAGCAGUCUCAGAGUGCGGCCUCGUCCGGCUCUGGCUCGUCGCAGAGCUCCUCUGGCAGUUCGUCCGGAUCCAGCCUCUCCUACACCUCCUACAUCCUCAAACAGACCCCACAGGGCACGUUUCUGGUUGGCCAGCCUGGCGGCUCGGGGAAGCAGAGUUCGUCCGGCUCCUCCACCUCCUCGUCGGCGCCGGGCACGGGCAGCGGCAACCAGCAGUCCAUCCGGGUCACCGCGGGGCAGAAGGCCGCCAUCUUGGCUCAGGUGGUGGGCGGGUCACAGGCGUCACAGCUGAAGCUGUCGGACGGCUCGGUGAAGACGGUGACGGCCGCUGGCGCCACUCACCUGUCCAAGCCGGGCACUACCACCCUGAGGAUGGCGGGGGGAGUCAUCACGGCCACCAGCACCACGCCGGGCACCCCCGCCUCAGCCGCUACCACUCCCACACAACACACUGCAGAUGGCGCCAGUGUGCCCUCCUCCCCCGCCCCCUCCUCCUCCUCGUCCUCCUCUUCCUCCUCGUCCGGGGCCAAACCUGUGUCCCAGCAUUCUCUGCUGGUGGCAGCCAAUCAGGCGGCGGUCAUCAACGCAGCCAAGAACGCCAGCAAUGCCGCCGCCGCCGCCGCUGCAGCUGCCAGCGCGUCCAAAGCCCCGACGGGCGCCAUGAUGAGCGUGGCCAAGAGCAUGGCCGCCAGCAUGCCCGUCAUCAGCCUGGGCAAGGGCGCCGGCCCGGCGGUGGUGAGCGUGCCCAAGAGCGCCAGCCCGUCGCUGGUCACGGCAGCGUCGCUGGUGGGCAGUAGCGGCACCGUCAGCGGGAAAGCCGCCGCCGCUCUCUCAGGCAUGCUGAAGUUGCAUGCGGGCCAGCCCAGUUCACAGCAGACUGUGCUCACCAUCCCUGCCAACCAGCUGAAGCAGCUGAGCGUGGGCACAGGCGCCGGGGGACUCCAGACCAUCCUCAUGCCCGUGGGCAAAGUUGUGCAGUCCUCUUCCUCCUCCUCCUCCUCCUCCUCCUGUAAGGGACCCUCCACCAGCAGCAAUACUGCUACCCACAAUGCACCAGCAGUCUCCUCCACCCCAAGCGUAGCUCACGUGAAGACAGAGCCAGGUGUGUACAGCUGCAGCGGCCCCGGGCCCCAGACCCCCACCCUCUCUUCGGCUCCGGGCUCCAGCGUGGCCCCCACCCCCGCCACCGCCAGCGUCAAAGUGGAGCAGGGGGCCGAGUCCGCCCACGAGCUCAACACUGAACACAUGGAGAGCCUGACGCAGCUGUUGACGGCGGCGGUGAAGAAGUUUCCCCUCAUUGUGCCUGAGAAGAAUGAGGACUCCCACCCAUUCUGUGCCACCUCUAUGGAGCAGUAUUACUCCUGGAACAUUGGCAAACGCCGGGCAGCCGAGCUGCAGCGUGCGGUGUGUGUGCGGCGGCUGGUGCAGGAGGCUGUGGAGAGGAGCGCGCGGCUGCAGGCCGAGGCCGUGCCCAGGACGCGCCAGCUGGUGCAGUGGUGCCGCCACCGCGGGUACACGCCGCCCGACCCCGAGCCCCGCCGCACCGAGGAGGACUCCAUCGAGGACAUCCUCACCCAGAUCGACAGCGAGCCAGAGUGCCCGUCCACGUUGCUGGACGCUGAGGAGCUGUGCCAGCGCGUGGAGCAGCUGCAGCGCGUGCUGAAGACGGAGCCGGAGGACGAGGAGGACGGCGAGCUGCUGGACGUGCUCAGCCUGUCCCCGCCCGCCGCCUCCUCCGCCUCGUCCGCCGCCGCCGCCCGGCCCAAGCAGGAGCCGCACGCCGGCCCGCAGGAGUCCAGCUUCCACCUGGGGCCCGGCCCCGCCCAGCAGUUCAUCAGGGACGCCGCCCAGCAGAUUGGUGUAACCUUCCAGCCGGUGGAGGUGGAGAAGAGUGUGUUUGCUCCAGUGAUUGAGGCCAUGAUCCUCAAGGCCACAGAGCAGUUUGCUAGUGACGUCUUAAGAGAAGCUCUGGCCAACGCCUACAUGAAGGCCCCCCAGAACAGGGCUCCCCGCGAGGUGUCAGUCAUGAACGUGCACCAAUCGGUUAGCAGCAUUCCAGCCGGCGACUUCCUGACCAACCGCUACAUGGGCGUCCUGCUCAAGGAGAACGGCCACGCGGACUGAGGCCCGUCGCCGCCGGAAACGCAGCCACACACACGCACAGGCCGGGCCCGCAGGCAAACCCACCACACGCGUCCCCUUCCUGAGCCCAGGAGAACAACCAGACCCGUCGCCAUGGCACCGGAGCCUUGGACCCGCCCGCCGACAUUACAACCGCCCUGGGGUUGGCUAUAUUUAUUGAGGGCAAACGACCACAGUGAACCCCGAGCAAAUGUUAGUGGUUACAAGAGAAGCUGUGUUUGGGGAGAUGUGUAUUUACUGUGGGCGAUCACUCUGAAGGCUUCACUAGGCAGUAUACUGCCACACUGUUAUGUGUAAUACUGAUGUCAAGUCAAGA